GGUAGAUUUUUAUUAACAAUGCCAUUAACGAUGGUGACAGGGCAUUUCUUGUGCAGGUCUUAAUGAGACUCUCCAUGUAGUGUGUCACAUGGAAAGUGUCACUGACAACAUGCCUUUAAAAGCCAAUAAAGGCAUUCCUCAACAAGGAGCAAGGAGGUCAGCUCUCCACUAUGUUCCACCUGGGUGUCAGAGACGAACCCUGCAGAAGUUAUAGCUGUAAGCCAUCCUCCUGCUACACCCUGCACAUCCUCUACAUUUCCAAAAACAUGAACACAGAAGCCAACCGAGCUGGGGCAAGCUCAGAUUAGUUGAGGUAUCGAGGAUCAAGGAUUAAAAGAGAAAGGACCAGCAGGGGAAGGGAUGGAGGUCAAAGUGGACGUGCAGUCUGAAGAGAUGAAUUCUAACCACAGUGACACAAGCCAGGCUCUGAUUCAAGACAGGGAUCCCAAGAGAAUCAACAAGAGUCUCAAGGUCACGUUUGAGGAUGUGAUUGCAGAGCCUCCCUCUGUGCAGAGCUUUGAUAAAGUAUGGCUGUGGAGUCACGCCCUAUUUGAGGUGGCCAGGUUGUGGUUCUACCGUUUCAUCUCCCUCCUGCUGGCAGUACCACUCUCACUGGCUGCAGGGCUCCUCUUCACUGUGCUCAGCUGCCUCCACAUCUGGUUGAUCAUGCCCUUUGUGCAGCUCCUUCUUAUUAACAUGCACUGGAUCAGGACGGUGUGGAGCAGCAUACUGAACAUUCUCAUCAGCCCCUACUUUAGCAGUAUUGGAAAGUGCUGUGGCCGGAUCACCAUCCAUCUGGAAAGACAUGAAGACAGAUAGAAAAACCCACUGUAGAGAUAAUUGGUUAACACAAAGAGAGAACAAGCGAGUGGGAACAGAUUGCAUUUGAAUUCUUUAUAGAUUAUUUAUAUUGCACCAUAAUUGUCAGUGAUUAUCUUUUGGUUGAUUGUCAUGUGUGGACAUUUGGUACAAAACUAAUUCAUACAAAUGUACAGAAAGAGAAAUAAAAUGUGUAUAAAAGCUGCAAAAAUAAAUGAUUUAUAUUUAUUCGCCGAUCAUUUAAAUGUACAUACUGUAGAAAGACCAACCAACAUAAUUACAUUGAUAUUGACAUAAAUAUAAAUAAACAUUUGCUUGUAAUAUACCA